ACGAAUAAACCCUAUGGAUAUUAAGAGGAAGGAAAAAUCUUGAAGCAUACUGUACCAUAUAAAAAGGAAGUCUUCUCUGAGAACACUUGACACCAUGUUUUUAGAAAAAAUAGCAAGUGUCACCAGAAUUUUAAGUUUCCAUCACAGUCAUGUACAAAGACUAACCAACCUAAACAUAAAAAGGUUACCUUGGUGUUAUAAGGAAGUCUAUCUUAAAAGGACCAUAUUCUCUCCUUUGCUAGUGACAUUACAACUAAUUCAUUCACUCUAAGAACAUGUUGUUUAGGAUCUCAAUAUUUCAUUAAUUUUUUAAAAGUUCUGGGAGAAAUAAAUAGGAAAAAGUUUAAAUGGAAGAAUGCAGGAAUAGAUGGAUCUGCACCAGUUUCCUUAGCAGUAAUGGUGGCUGCUUGCUGGGACAUGAACAGGGAACGGAAAGUAAAUGAAAGAGAAUUUCUUCUGGCUGCGAUGGUGGGCAACAUUGAGCGAAUGAAGGAAUACUUGAAGAAAGGAGUUGAUGUCAAUUGUCAUCACCCUUAUGGCUGGACACCGCUUCAUGCUGCAGCUAUUAAUGGACGUUCACAAGCUGUCAAAUUUUUGCUGAGCAAUGGAGCUGAUCCUAAUCUGCCAGACAAUUUCUCAAAUAUCUUUCAAGUUGCUCGUGAAAAUCGAACUUCACCCAUCAGUGUGGAAGUAAUACGUGAGGGAGAGUUUAGCACUCUCUUGAAUCAUAACCAGAUGUUCCGUGGCUGUACUGCUCUCCAUUAUGCUGUCCUUGCUCAUGACCAGGAGAGCGUCCAGAUUUUGCUUGAUGCUGGAGCUAACCCAAUGCUAGUGAAUGAAUAUAAUUUUAAACCAGAGGAUUAUGCAAGAGAUAUUGGUAUGAGAAAAAUGAUGCAGAAGCACUCGGAAAAAUACCUGGAGAAACAGAAACAGAGAGAAAUGGAAGAGAGGCGAAAAUUUCCUCUAGAGCAAAGAAUUAAACAACGUAUUAUUGGCCAAGAAGGAGCAAUAGCCACAGUGUGUGGUGCAAUUAGACGCAAAGAAAAUGGCUGGUAUGACGAAGAGCAUCCUCUAGUUUUCCUUUUCCUUGGCUCAUCAGGUAUUGGUAAGACAGAACUGGCCAAACAGAUUGCUGAAUACCUCCACAAAGGAAAGAAAUCAUCAUUUAUCAGAAUUGAUAUGUCAGAGUACCAACAGAAACAUGAAGUGGCCAAAUUUAUUGGCUCUCCUCCAGGCUAUAUUGGACAUGAUGAGGGUGGACAACUAACUAAGAAGUUAAAAGCAUUUCCUAAUGCAGUUGUACUAUUUGAUGAAGUUGAGAAAGCACACCCUGAUGUAUUGACAAUAUUGCUUCAGUUGUUUGAUGAAGGAAGGCUGACAGAUGGCAAGGGCAAAACAAUUGAGUGCAAGGAUGCAAUAUUUAUUAUGACAUCUAACUUGGCGAGUGAUGAGAUUGCCGAGUAUGGGAUGCAGCUAAGAGCUGAGGCUGAGAAAAUUACAAGGCAGAAGUAUGAGGGGCAGCCAGAGGAUUUAGAGAUCACUGAGACCAUCACUAUAUCACGCAGGUUUAAAGAGAAGAUUGUGCGUCCUAUCCUGAAAAAUCACUUUCAAAGAGAUGAAUUUCUUGGAAGAAUUAAUGAGAUUGUAUACUUUGUUCCAUUUUCAAGAUCAGAAUUGUUAAAACUUGUUCGGAUGGAACUUGACAAGUGGUCGAAACAGGCACGUGAGAAACAUAACAUAGAGCUAAAAUGGGAUCCCAUAAUACUGGAUGUGUUGGCUGAUGGUUACAAUGUUUAUUAUGGAGCACGAUCCAUUAAACAUGAGGUUGAACGGCGCCUGGUGAAUCAACUGGCCAUGGCAUAUGAAAGUGGACACAUUACUGAAGGAUGCACUGUCUACAUAUACACAGAUAUUCCUAUGUCUGAAGCUGAGAAGGCAAAGCUGCAAGACUCGCCAUCUCCGAUCAAAAUUCGUGUGAAAGCAAAAGGAACAGAUAGUUUCACUGAUGUAGACCCAGGUGAACAAUUGAAAAUGAAUGAAAAAAAAUAAGACGAAGAUUAUAGUAGCCAGUGAAUGUAUUGUAUGGAUGAAGGACAAAUUAUGUGAUAAAGUUGUUGAUAUUUAAUGCUGGAACAUAAUUUUGCCUUGUGUUUUUUUUUUUUUUUUCAACAAGUUGGUCGUCUCCCACCGAGGCAGGGUGACCCAAAAAAGAAAGAAAAUACCCAAAAAGAAAAUACUUUCAUCAUCAUUCAACACUUUCACCACACUCACACAUUAUCACUGCUUUUGCAGAGGUGCUCAGAAUACAACAGUUUAGAAGCAUAUACAUGUACGUAUAAAGAUACACAACAUAUCCCUCCAAACUGCCAAUAUCCCAAACCCCUGCCUUGUGUAUCUAUAUAAAAUGCAUCUGUAGCAUAAAGCUGUAUUGCAAUAAAAGACUAUCAUUACAUUAUUUGUUUUCGUAUAUUCUGUAAAUUUCUAAUUAUUGAGUAACGUUAAUCCCCUACAUUUUUCUUCAGAAUAAUCUUAGUGCUUUUUGUGAAUAUAUUAACCCGUAAACGGUCCAAACGUAUUUAUACGUUUUUACCGCUAGUGCCCCAAACAUAUAUUUACGUUUUAUUUGUCAUACAUUCAACAUUUCCAUGAUAAGCCUGAGUUGCCUAGACAUGAGAGAAUGGGUGUGUGCACUCACUGUGUGCCAUAUUAAAAUAAUUGGGGAUGCCUGGGUACCAUAUGCUCUUUUUUCCUAUUAAAAAAAAAAACUAUUUUUUUUUUUCUCAAAAAAGUUGGGGCACUACGGUAGAGAACGUAUAUAUACGUUUGGACCGUUUACGGGUUAAUAAUAAUAAUCUGCAAAGUAGUUUUUUGUUUGCCACAAAUCAGCAUAAUGGUUUUAAAGUGAGUUUUAAUUCAAAAAGUUUUUAAAAAUUCCUGUUUAGUACAGUUAUAUCUAUUAGCUUUAAUAUCAUGGUCAUUUUGUAUUCAAGAGUAAAAAAAAUUGUGUUAAAAUUACCACUCUCAUCAUAUCAAUCAGUAGUCCUACAUUUUAAGCCUGAUGUACUUGUCCAGAUGUGUCUUCAUAAAUGCACCGUCUGUUUCUUUCCAGUAAGUUUUAUCCCUCAAGGGUUACUAUUGUGUACAGUGAGAGCUCUUACUAUAAGUCCUCUGCUGGGGUAGGGUAUGCUGCCACAGGCAUCUAGUAUAUUUGCUGCUGAAUUAUAUGCUGUACUCAAAUGCUUCAUUCAUAUUACAUUAUGUAUAACCCACAUAGGUCAUACAUUAUUAUUAUUAUAUUUAUGAUGAAAUGCUAAAUCCAUAGGAGUCGUACACCACUUGGGGAAUGAGGAGCACUCAGAUUUGAUCCAAAGAACUGAAGCAUAGUUCCAAAUCUCUGGAUCAAGAGUCACUGGCAUUCAAUCACCUCCCUUGAAAGGAUGGGUCAUACAUAUUAUAGUUUGCUACAAUCUCCAUCUCAUAAUUUAUUGUAGUCUCUAAGUGUGUUACUUGUGAUCAAAACUAUUUCUUGUAAGAAUCUGACCUCGUUUGGGGCACUGUGAAGCUGGUAAAGGGUUUUUGAUGCAUGAAAUUGGAGUUAACCUUUCUUUCCUCAGGUUGAACCUGCUCAGGGUACUUCUCACCUUCCCAUUCUCUAGACACUGUAUAACCCUUAUGGGUACAGCUCUUCCCCAUAAUAUAAUAAUAAUAAUAAUUCUCACCUGAUUGUGCUUUGCCUUCAGGACUGACUACAUGUGUUAAUUCUUCAUUAGCAACCAAAUUGUCAUCAUUUCUUGGAUUCUUAGGUGUGAAUCAAAUUUUGAAAUGUGUGAAUGAAACAGGUUGUGCUUAUUAUAUAUAUUUAUUCAAGAUUUGAAUAGGAAUGGGUGAUUAUGAAGAUUAGAAGGUAACAAACAUUUGUAAAUAUGAAAAAGUAUAGAAUAAACAAACCUGUAUGAAAUACUAGUGGUGUAAAGGCUUGAAUUUCCAAAGUGCACAUGAUUCAGAUUAUGAGAGAAGUACCCUUCAAGGAAGGGACUGGAAGCCUUGAUGUUGAUUAAUAGCUCUUGAACUAAAACAGUAUAGCUACUCUCUUCCUUGGAUCAAAUUUGAUUACCUCCCUAUCACUAGAUGCUAUGACCAUUAGAAAUUGAGCACUUUCCUGUGAGUAUACAGUAGUACUAAUGAAAGCAGUAUUAUAGCAUUAAUCAGUAUUGAAUGUAAUGGAUGUAGACUCAAGGAAACUAUGCAAGAUGAAUAUUUUAGAUGGGUGUACAAAAGCAACAGGUGGUGUAGAUGUGUGGAAUGCACAAUGAAUACUAAGUUUGUGGUUAUUGCAAGUGUGUGCUAUUAUUGUAUCCACUGCCAUAUAUGCAUAAUUAUAUAAUGUAAAUACUCUACUUAUAAUGUGUAAACUGAGCUUAUGAUUGUAUUUGUAUGUUGUAUUUCAACAAUUGAAAACAAUUUACUGAGAUGAGUAAAAUUGUUAUUAAUAUGGAUGGGUGAGUGUGGAGGGCAGGGAGUGACCUUGGGCACCCACACCUCACAUGUGCACCUUCUCUCACCAGGACCAUCACCAAAAGUGGCCAGUGGUGAGUGAAUUGCCACAGCUGCUGCUCUACCUGUUAUAACCUCACAUCUUGGUUUUGACUGAUUUUUAAUAAUAAUUUUUUUGGCUUUAGUAUUAAAUAUAAUGGGAAGUUUUAUCUCAUUUUGUGUCAAGAUUUGUUACCCCAGCUGUGGUCAUAUUUAAUUAUGUUAAAUAUUAAAAAAAUAUUAGUACGUGUAUUUAUUGAAUUUAAAAGCAGUGAAUGACCCAUGCAGAUAUAGAAUUUUCUGUGUGUAAUACAGAAAAUUAAGCAUAACAUUUUACAUUUUUAAUACUUCACUUAAUAUAGUACAAUUUAUAGAAUUUUUUAAUACUUUCAAUACUUUUGGGAGAAGUUUUGCAUCCAGUUUCCACAAAAAAAAAAAAUAAUCAUCAUUAUCCCUUCAAGUGACACUGAUAAAUUGUUACUAUUGAAGGGUACUUGAUUCAAGGGACUGGAAUUACUCUUCAUUUUCUUGGAUCAAACCUGAUUACUUUUCAUUAUCCAAGCGGUGUAUCACCCUACAGGUUUACCAUUUUCCAUGAAUAUAAUGAUUAAAGUCGUAACUGCCACCUACACUGUUUGACAUAUUUACUAAACAAGUAAGAAAGGGUAUAUUAUAUUGAGGGUGAUAGACAAUUCUUCAUAUUGCCAUGGAAAACUAAGCUUCCACAUUUUGGUAAAACAUCCUCAUUCAAUCAUUACCUUAUUGAAAAUCUAAUAAUUAAUCAUCCAUUCUCUUCAAUGGUCUGGUCUUUUUCACUGAAACUUCUGCAUUGAUUACAUUUGUUUCAUAGUUCCUGACAUGUUAUAUUUACCUACCUCAGAUGUCCUCUCCUUUCUUUUUCAGUUCAUUCCUCAUGAUGGUAUAGACAGACCACACUUUUUCCUAAUCUUUCCCUUCAGAGAGGGAAUGGGAUACCUUGAUACUGAUGAAGGGUUCUUAAACCUGAGAAUUGGAGCUUAACCUCACUUUCCUCAGAUCAAACCUUAUUACCUACCAUUCUGCUGGUAUUGUAUGACCCCUAUGAUUUAAGCACUUCCCAUGAUUUUAAUAACAGUUUCCCAGUCUUAGAGGUCAAACAUAUUUUAUGGGUAAAAAGCCUAUCUCUAGCAAAUCUUUAUUAUAAGUAAUUUACAAAAAAGACCAUAUAAGGUAGGUAGCACAACAAUGAUAGUGUGAAUGAUGGUGAAAGUGGUCUUAUUUUGGGUUACCCUGCCUCUUAAACAGAUUCUGCAAGGAUCUGACAUAAGAAAGCUUGUGUAGCAUAGACAUGGGAAAAUUUAUGUAUAUAUACAGUAUGUAUAACAAAAUGUUUGUAAAUUUGACUCCAUGCUUAAUCUUCAAAGAGUAUACACUAAUGGUUCUUUAUGGUCAUUGCAGACUCAAGUUUCACCCCAGGAUAUCAUAGUCUGCCAAGUGCUAAAUUUCCUCCAUUCAUUCAGUCUCACACAAGCUGAAGUAAUAAUGCUAUGCUGUCUGAAGACUGUCAUGUGUGUUUUCUCAGCAGUAAAAGUAAACUCAUCACUUACUUAAGACAAAUAUAGCUGCAAACUGGUCACUAGCCUGCCUGCGAGUAGUGUGUGUAUAGCUCGUAUAUAAUACAGUAUAUUAUGAAUAUAUGUUACAAGUGCAGAAAUCCAUUUUAAACAGAUUUCAGGGUAAGAUAAGAGUAACUCAUUGAGGUAAACAUAAUUAACUAAAUAACAAAAAAGGCACAAUACCGUGACUGGAACAAUACACAAUAACCCACAUAUAGAAGAGAGGAGCUUACAACGACGUUUCGUCUGACUUGGACCAUUUACAAAGUCACACUAACGAGAAGUGGAGCAGGACGAGUAUAUAUAGGCAGGAAGAGGUAGUAGUAGUAGCAGUAGUAGUAGUAGUAGUGGUGGUAGUGGUAGUAGUAGUGGGGAAUUAAGGAGGAGGAGGAGCCAGUCAAAUACAAAGAAAGGGGAACACUGCAAGGGAGCUAGGUACCCACAGAGGGAGAGCAAGUACACAGAGGGGGGGAAGGGAAGUAAUGAAAAAAAAAGAAAGUAAUGAAAGAACAGAAACACAAGAUAGAAGAAAGAAAGACAACACAGAAAAGAAAAAAGGAAAGAGGAAAGGGGAAGAGGGAAAAGAAAAAAAGGAGGAAUCAGGUUAAGUCACGGGAGUUCUGAAGUUUGGAGCAUUUUACAACGUAGUGGGAGAGGAAGGCAUCUACAGAGACAAAGCCAGGACUAAGAUUCAUACAAGGAAAGUUGUGUAUUAGGGAGGAUUCAACCAGACGGCGACUGUUAAAGUUGGAAGUAGGGAAGACAGUUUUAGCAGAAGACCAGUCAAUAGGAUGGCUAUGAUCCUAUGAAAGACCAAGCACACCCUCUCUCUCUCUCUCUGCUGGCAUUGACUGAGCAGCUUAUAUUCAAUAAGAAGUACGUACUAAACCUGUAAGGUGUCAUUAAGUGCCUUGGGAAUGGAAGGUAAUUAGUUACUUGGACAAGUCUUUCAUCUGUACCAAGGCAUCACCUGCCUGCUCCAGAAACUAUUGCAAUUACAAGAUUGACCUGGAAGUUAGUUGUUGAAACACAGAACAGAGCCAGAGAAUUUCUGCUUUUAGUUUUUUUGAAAGGUGUGUACUGUUACCAUACCUAGUCAAAAGCACCAGGAAUGUCUGGUGCAACUUUCCAACUGAUUUUAGAUUCAUCCAGCGAAUGGUAUCACAUACUGGGAUGGUUCAUUCAACUUGAGAGUGAUAGAGUAGCCAGUGAUGUUUAAAAACAUACCUUAAUUUACAUACUUUAAUCAAUGGGAUACUUAAGAAUUACAUAGUUUUACAACUGCCAAGUUGCAGUGCUAAUGUGGGAAAUGGUUAUCCUAAUUUUUUUUAUAUAAACAAUUCAUUUGCAAGUUGAAACCCCUCAAGGAAGGUUCCUUGAUGUUGGUGAGGGGCUCUUGAUUUAGGGAAUUGGAUCUGUGCUCCAGUUCCCCGAAUUAAGCCUGAAUGCCUUCCACAUCCCCCCCCAGGCGCUGUAUAACCCUCCGGGUUUAGCGCUACCCCCUUGAUUAUAAUAAUAAUGCAAGUUAAAAAAACAUAAAUGCAAGCUGUGUGCAAGAUGAGAACCUCCUCUAUAUUUGAGUUCUUCCAUAAAAGAUAUUUACCCAGUACUAAGCAGAGUUAGUAGAUAUCAGUAAAACUUUAUGGUAGCUGGUAAGCACAUCCACACUGUGGUCUUUGGUCCACCUUGUCCAACCUCACAGUCUUUACAAUGCUACCUUUGAUAUUUUUUAUAUUGUUUUUGCCACUGUUGUAACAUGGAGGUUAAAUGUCUAUACCUGGAACCUGCAUCUUAACUGGAAAAUGGUUUGGUGUAGUACAGUAUUACAGCCUUUUCUUGAUUGCUGAUUGAUUAUAAUUACAACUACAUGUGAGUGUAUAGACACACAAUUUCCUUUAAUCUGUUCUGGGGAUAAAAUUUUUCUUGA